CCCGCCGUCAUCCGGAGGGCCCUCAACCACAAAUCUCGUAAAUAAAACCCUUCUCACCACCCCCUCAAGCCAUUCACACAACGAACCCAAAUUCGCGCACACCCCCAAUGUCACCCACAAUGCCCGCCUUCAUCUCCCGCCUCCUCCGCCCCUUCACCUCCAGCGCCUCCCUCUCCAUCACGCCCGCCGGCCCCAUCCCCGCCGGCGCCCAAAAGGCUACUCUCGCCGCCGGCUGCUUCUGGGGCGUCGAGCACAUGUUCCGCAAGGAAUUCGCCGACAAGGGCCUCUACGACGCGCGCGUAGGUUAUAUCGGCGGUGACACUACGAGUCCCAGUUACCGUAGCGUGUGUUCCGGCUCCACCGGUCACGCCGAAGCCGUGCAACUCACCUUCGACCCCAUCACCCUCCCAUACACGGACCUUCUCGUCUUCUUCUACCGAAUGCACGAUCCCACGACGCGCGACUCGCAGGGGCCAGACACAGGAUCGCAAUACCGUAGCGGUAUCUUCGUCCACUCCGCGGAGCAAAAGGAGCAGGCGGACCAGGUGACGGAGAAGGCGAACAACCAGUGGUGGGGUGGGAAGGUGGUGACGCAGAUUCUGCCGGCGGGGGAGUGGUGGGAUGCUGAGGACUAUCAUCAACGGUAUCUGGAUGUUAAUAAGGGAGGGUAUGAGUGCCCGAGUCACAAGGAGAGGGAGUUUCCGGAUCUUCAGUAGAGGUGGUGUGUGGAUUGGGGGUUGUAUGGCGUCUGGGUUGGUGGGGGAGUUAUAUAGGGGGGGAGGUGAGAAUCUUGCUUGCCAUAUAAUUGAUUCAUUUAGAGGUUCUAUGCCUCUUCAACACAAAAUAAUUAAAUGUCAAAUCUAUUAAAGCAAGAACCAAAGCUUUUCCCAUAGAUAAUCCGCACUCUAUCAGUGAUAUCAACCUCAUGAGUUGUCAUUGCC